AUGCAUCUCGUAUUGGGAAAGUUGAUGUCAAUUAUUUUCCUUCUUAUGCCAGUGGUUUUGUCACAAGGUAUCAACGGCAACGAAGUUACUGAAGAAUUCUGCCACGGUGAAACAAAAGACAUUAAUACAACUGUCCUUAAAUGUGAUGUUAAAGAUAUUCGAGUAGCUGUAGAAAGUGAUUCUAAUCUGAUUGUACAGUGCGAUUUCUCAAGUGGAGUAGGCUGUCAUUUUGGGACUUAUGAUAAAACCCAUCACUUGCUUAAGUUCAGCUUCAUUUUUUAUUAUGAAAAACAUGCGAGAAAACGGUUGUGGGUUAAUUCCACAUGUAGGGAUGGAAGAGCUAGCAAAAGACUUAUAAAUCUUAUACCUUGUGUUUCAGAUUUUACAGUUAAGGCAACUCACAACAAUACACACGCUUCUUUGACCUGCAAACAUACUUUCUUUAGUUUGUCAAGAGGAAUUUAUAUAAAAAACAAGAACAGCGGAGACUUCAUCGAAUUCUGUAAAUGGAACGAAAAAAUAGCAGCAACACAAUGUCAAAGCAAAGAACAGGGACACAUCCACAAGAAUGGAAUAGACGGCUUCAUUACAGAUUAUCCGCAAGAAUAUCAGUGCAUAAUGGACGGACAGACUAUUGACUUCGAACCGGAAAAGGUCUCCUCAACCCCAGGGAAUCAUGCGACGAGUGCUACAGGCAGUGGACAAUGGAGUGUUUCCAGUAAUAAAUUUAUAGGGAAUAAUAAAACUGAUACAAUCAAUGGAUGUACAAGUCAUUCUCUUUCAGCAAGAGUCCUAAUGUUGUCACUGAUAAUUGCUUACAAUGCGCAAUAUUUCAUAGAAAGAGGAUUCGUUUUUCUACCUAGUUGAAAAGUAACAUUAUUGCAUAGAAAAUAGUGAAGGAACCCCCAACCUUCUGGUGACCACGGAAGUAACAAUACAUUGCUAUGGAUCGCCAUUAUCUUCUACAUGGAGUGUGCCAGCAUGAGCUACAAUCUCAAGAGACGACUAUGUGAUACGAAUAUUAAUGUUUUAUACUGUGGUGGAAAUUAGGAUGUUAUUUUAUAAGUUCACUGUGUGACCUGAACAUUUUUCUGUUAAUCAAAAGACAAUUCUCUUCUUCAGCGAUUUGAACCUUUUUUUACACUACGUCUCUUUUUCAUAAUUUACAGAAUGUUAGAAGUUUACUACAUCAUGAAAUGCAUAGGCGUCGGAAGCAAAUUGAAAGUAGCUAAUUGAAGGGGGGGGGGGGUAAACCAACAAAAAAGGUAAGCCCCAAUU